AGUCUGCGGCGCCUUGGUGCAUCAGAACACUCCAUACUCGUCACGCAGAGCAAUCUUGCAAUCACGUAUCGAGCGCUCGGACGGAAUGAAGAGGCCUUGCGGAUGCGACGAGACGUAUACUCGGGACGUCUGAAGCUCAAUGGCGAGGAACAGGAGACAACCCUCCGAGCAGCCAACAACUACGCGGACUCCCUUGUGAAUCUAGAGCGCUUCGAAGAAGCCAAGGCACUGAUGCGCAAAACGAUGCCCGUGGUGCGACGCGUUCUCGGAGACGGACAUAGACUCACGCUCAAGAUGAGGAAAAUGUACGCGACUGCGCUCUACAAGGACGAUGGCGCCACGCUCGACGAUUCUCGCGAGGCCGUGGAAAGGCUCGAGGCUACGGAACGGACCGCGCGGCGCGUGCUCGGCGGCGCGCACCCGCUCACAACGCAGAUUGAGCGCGAACUGCGAUACGCGCGAGCCGCGCUCCGCGCCCGCGAAACUCCGCCGGCGAGCCAGGCCUAA